UAACACUUCAUCACACCACCACUGCUUCAUAUCUCUAACCAUAAGCUCUCAUCUCGCACCCUUCUGCAGUUUCAGUUUCUGUGUUUCUCAUAUCAGAGUAUAAUCUUUAAUCACUUCAAUGGCGGAUGAGGUUGUGUUGUUGGACUUCUGGCCUAGCCCUUUUGGGAUGAGGCUGAGGAUUGCUCUGGCUGAGAAAGGCGUCAAGUACGAGUACAAGGACGAGAACCUGAGGAACAAGAGCCCGCUGUUGCUCCAGUCUAACCCAGUUCACAAGAAGAUCCCGGUUCUCAUUCACAACGGCAAACCGGUCUGCGAGUCUGUCAUUGCUCUUCAGUACAUUGACGAGGUUUGGACUAAUAAGCCACUGUUGCCCUCCGAUCCUUACCUCAGAUCCCAAGCAAGGUUCUGGGCCGACUUUGUGGACAAGAAGAUAUAUGAUGUAGGGAGGAAGACAUGGACAAUGAAAGGAGAAGAUCAGGAGGCAGCAAAGAAGGACUUCAUCGACUGUAUUAAGUUGCUAGAAGUCGAGCUUGGAGACAAGCCUUUCUUUGGUGGUGAGACCCUUGGAUUUGUGGAUGUGACACUCGUUCCUUUCUAUUCAUGGUUCUCUGUGUAUGAGAAAUACGGCAACUUCAGUAUUGCGCCAGAGUGCCCAAAGUUCAUGGCUUGGGUGAAGAGGUGUUUGGAGAAGGAGAGUGUGUCAAAGUCUCUUCCUGACCAGGACAAGGUGUGUGGCUUUGUUGCGGAGAUGAGGAAGAAGCUUGGAGUUGAGUAGGUGUGAUCAAUGUUCUUUUGAUCAUGUUUCUGUUCUAGUUUCCAAGAUUCAACCUUGUUUUGGCUUUCUUGUAUUUUCAAUAAACGGGGACUUGACCGGGAAGCACUGGUUGGUGCCUCUUGUUCUGUUUCCUUUGUAACUUUCUCUUUGUUUUUGUAGUUAAAUCAUCAUAUUAUUGUUUGUUUCCACUUGA